UUGCCUCAGUCGCUUUUGGUCGUUCGUUGAUAUAGUCGUUUACUGGCUCUUUACUGUAUUGCCGCGUGUUGAAAACUCUACUUUCGCACGAUUAAACUACUUAUUUCUAGUCAAUUGUGACAUAUAAUUUAUUUAACCAACUCUGUUACACUUUAAAAUCUUGUUCUUAAAACGAAUGCACUUAUAGUUUUAGACGUUCAGUGAAAUUUGUAAAAAUAAAUCUUGUUGCGUUAUUAUAAGCGGUUUUAAAGUUGAACUGUGUUUGGCUCCAACACAUAAUAAAUAGGAACUAUGCAACAUUGUGGAUUUUGUUCAAUGGUAUCCGAUUUCUUAUGUCGAACUUUAUGUGUUGGAAGCAGACGAGGUAGUAGUGACACAUAUUACCGCGAGCUUGGGGACCAAGACACAUUGAGAAUCGAUGACAACAAGUCCUCUACCUCGUCCUCCUUUUCUAAUGAUGUUGAAGAAAUAAUUCACGAGAACCAGCCGCAAGCGCGGCGCAAUUCCGAUGAAGACGCUAUCUCUAACAUGAACGAGGAAGCCGCCGUUACAGGCUGCUUUCUCACCCUCAAGAAGCGACGCAGGCGCACCCUGGUGCCUCAAGUACAACAUGACGGGCUGCUGCUUGACGACCUGCAGCUGCGCCAACAGCAGUACAUCCUCGAUCGGUCGGCGUUAUGGGACUUUAAUGCUUUCACAUUGGAAAACGUCUCCGGAGGGCGUUGCCUUCCGGAGCUGUGCGUCCACCUAUUUGAGAAGUACGGGCUGAUAUCGCACUACCGACUGGAUGGUGCCACCCUGUGGAGGCUCUUCACCCUCAUCGAGGAUGGCUACCGCAGCUCCAACCCUUACCACAAUUCGGUGCACGCCGUUGACGUCACCCAAGCCAUGCAUUGCUUCUUGCAGCAGAACAAGAUUCUGCCAUACAUGGAGCCGCAGGAACUACUUGCUUGCCUGCUGGCGGCGAUGGCACACGACUUAGACCACCCCGGAUUGAAUCAAACAUUCCUCGUGACCAGCCACGACUAUUUGGCCCAUUUAUACCACAACACGUCGGUGCUUGAGAACCACCAUUGGCGUUGUGCGACGAGCUGCCUCAUCGAGAGUGGUAUGAUGGAGAGCCUGAGCGGCAUCUGGUCCAGUCUGCAGGACCAGAUCUCUGGUCUCAUCCUUGCCACCGAUAUAACUCGUCAGCAGGUGUACCUCAGCCAGUUCAAGGGUCACAUCGACAACAACACGUUGGAUCUGAGGAAGCGCGAGCACCGGUUCUUGGUGAUGCAGAUAGCUCUUAAAUGUGCGGACAUAUCCAACCCAUGCCGGCCCUGGAAUAUCAGCAGGAAUUGGAGCCUCAAAGUGUGCGAGGAAUUCUUCAAACAAGGCGACUACGAGCGCAAACUGAACCUGCCCAUAUCACCAUUAUGUGAUCGGCUAGACACGUCUAUACCGAAGAUUCAAAUAGGUAAGGGUGUUCAUCUUCAAAUAAAACAUCUAAACUCCUGA